AUGAAAUGGCAUGGAUUUGGCCAUCGUUCUGACAACCUGAAUGCAGGAGAUCUCGCAUUGUUUUGCCCCACAUGUCCUCAGCCUGGGAUUAACAUAUCCUUGUCAGGGGAUGAAUCACUUGAUGACUGGAAAUACACCCGGUCAUUUGUUAUGGACAGAAAUUUCAAAGCUGAACACCUGCAUCCCAUCAAGUCAUUUGAUGAAGUGUGGCUUUCCGAUGGGUUGGGAUUCAUGAUGGGAAAGGACAGGUAUAAAACCCAUCUUGUGGAGGCUGCUGACACAUUGGAAAAAUCAAGCUGCAACAAUCACCAGGCAGUGAAUCAAGCAAAUGCGGCUUGGCACAAGCUGGAGUCCACCGGAAUCAGGGGAGUUGCCUGUGCCCAACAUGAUUUUCAGACAGGCGAAAGACAAAUGAACAUGGAUUAUGCCCUUUGUGAGGCUGCCCAGCACAACAUGGAAGGCAUAACCAGGGCUGUCACCUUCUAUGACAUCAACUGUCAAUACAACAAGCACUUUCAGGUUCAGGUGGAUCAAAGCCAAUUUCUCGAAAUGGUUCCAGAAUUGACCAUCAUUCCUGGAAUCAGGUUGUGGCAUGUCCAUGGACAUCAGGACAGCUGCUAUGUCUGA